UCACCUCUGCAAUUCUGCAACAUCACCAACCAACUAUGGAGACCGAUUCCCAAACGCCCGUCCCACCAAACUUCUGGGGCGACAUGCCAGAAGAUGAAUACUACACUUCUCAAGGAGUUCGCAACACCAAAUCAUCCUUCAAUACCCCCAAUGGCAUGAUCUUCACACAAUCCUUCUUCCCCUUGGAUCUCCCCAUCAAAGCCACCGUCUUCAUGACCCACGGCUAUGGUUCCGAUUCCGGUUGGCUCUUCCAGAAGAUUUGUAUCAACUAUGCCACCUGGGGCUACGCCGUCUUCGCCGCCGAUCUCCUCGGCCACGGCCGCUCCGAGCCCGAGAGUCUCCGCUGCUAUCUCGGCGAUAUGGAGGAGAUGGCCGCCACUUCCCUCUCCUUCUUCCUUUCCAUCCGCGUCAGCGACGAAUACCGCCACCUCCCCGCCUUUCUCUUCGGCGAGUCCAUGGGCGGCGCCAUCAGUAUGCUCAUGUACUUCCAAUCCAAGCCCGGCACAUGGACAGGCCUGAUCUUCUCGGCCCCACUCUUCAUGAUUGCGGAGGCCAUGAAGCCCUCUAAAUUGCAACUCUUCUUGUACGGCCUCCUCUUCGGGUUAGCCGAUACGUGGGCUUCCAUGCCCGAAAACAAGAUGGUGGGAAAGGCCAUCAAGGAUCCAGAAAAGCUAAAGAUCAUCGUCUCGAAUCCGCGGCGGUACACCGGGAAGCCAAGGGUGGGAACCAUGAGAGAGCUGGUAAGGGUUUCAGAGUACAUACAGAGUAAUUUCUCCAAGGUGACGAUACCGUUCCUGACGGUGCACGGGACUGCCGACGGUGUGACGGCGCCGGAAUCUUCGAAGAUGCUGUACGAGAAGGCGUCGAGCGAAGACAAGACUUUGAAGCUGUACGAGGGGAUGUACCAUUCAUUGAUACAGGGAGAACCCGAGGAGAAUAGUCAAAUCGUGUUGGCCGAUAUGAGGGAGUGGAUCGAUGAGAGGGUGAGGAGGAAUGGAUCUAGAUCUAAUUAGCUCCUCCGAG